GCUGAAACCUAAUAGCGGAAGUCCCGCCCAGCCUGGGGGAAACUUCCGGCUCCAACGGCUUGGGACUUAAUGCUGACGGAGCAGAGCCAGCAGCGCCAGGAUGGUGCUGCUGGAAAGUGAGCAGUUCCUGACGGAGCUGACCAGGCUCUUCCAGAAGUGCCGGUUGUCGGGCAGCGUGUUCAUCACCCUGAAGAAGUAUGAUGGUCGAACUAAACCCAUUCCAAGAAAGGGUUCUGUGGAGGGCUUUGAGCCCUCAGACAACAAGUGUCUGUUAAGAGCUACUGAUGGGAAAAAGAAGAUCAGCACUGUGGUGAGCUCCAAAGAAGUGAAUAAGUUUCAGAUGGCUUAUUCAAACCUAUUGAGAGCUAACAUGGAUGGGCUGAAGAAGAGGGACAAAAAGAGCAAGAGUAAGAAGAGCAAAGCGGCGCAGUGAAGGGCACCAGGUUUCCUGCUUUCACCAGUUAACCACUGAAUUGCUAUUUUUCCUUUGGUUUUUACUUUUGGCCACAAAGCUGGGUUUCUGAUUCCUCUACAAUAACUGUUUUCAUGUGAGAUUAGGGUCAUUUUUGGAUGGAAGAAGGGCUGCAGUGUUUACAGGGUAGUUACAAGAAGCCAGUUUAUUUUAUAUCUGGCUAAGUGGUCUGUGUUGUAUGGUUGCAUGUUUCUGGAUAAUAGUUUACAGUCUCUGUAGCCGUCUGUGAAGAGCACUGUAUCAUUAAACCUGUAUUUAUCAGUA